UACAAAGUCUCUGAGCAAUGGCACCCAUCCAUGCAGUGAAUUCACCAGUUUAGGGAAAUGAUAUGUGGGGGAAACAAAAUGGGCUGGUGUUUGGGAUAGCUUCUGAUGCACUGGGUUCAACAGAUGGACUUCUUACACGUGUGAAGUGGAACCCCCAAUGUGAAGAAGUGAAUCAACAAAGGAGGGGCUGCAGAUCAAGUGCAUAGAGAGGUGCACUGAGACAACAGCUGCUUUGGACCCCAGCAGAUGGGGAGAAGGCGGUUCUCAGGUUUGGAGGUGACUCUCAUAGUCAUGUUCGCCUUGAUGUCUGUGGCGGCCGUCACUCUCAUAGUUCUAUAUGUCACUGGAGAACCUGGGGUCCUUAAAGAUGAAGCUACUGAUGCAUUCGUUCCUCAGUGUCCCACCAUUCCUCUGGCUGAGAGAGUGGACUGUUUCCCUGAUGCUGGAGCCUCAAAGCAAGGAUGUGAGCGGCGUGGAUGCUGCUGGAGCCCACUGGAUGAGAGAAAUGUUCCCUGGUGUUUCUUCUCAACCAACCAUGGAUACACAGUGCAAUCAGUGGAGGAGCCAAAUCCUUACGUAAGGAAAGCCCAGCUGAAGAGAAUGGCCUCUCCUUCCUUAUUUGGGGCUGAUAUACAGGAGCUGUCAUUUCACGCAGAAAUGCAGUCCAACAAUCGACUCCAUUUCAAGAUCUAUGAUGCCCACAGGCGGAGGUUUGAAGUCCCCCAUGAGCACAUCAGCAGCCUCAACAGUAACCCCUCCAGCCCCAUCAGUAACACACUGGAGAUGACACACAAACCCUUUGGCCUCACUGUGCGCAGGAAAGAAAACAAAAAAGUCCUGUUUGACACCACAAUGGCUCCGCUGGUGUUCGCAGACCAGUACCUACAGCUGUCUGCUAAGCUUCCAUCCCAUAACAUUUACGGCUUGGGAGAGCAUGUGCACAGACAGUAUCGCCAUGACACAAACUGGAAGACGUGGCCCAUCUUCACUAGAGACGCUUUCCCUAAUGGGGGAACACAUAACCUCUACGGACACUAUCCCUUCUUCCUCUGUCUGGAAGACGAGAGUGGAAAGUCAUUUGGGGUCUUUCUCAUGAACAGCAAUGCUAUGGAGGUGACUUUGCAGCCCGCUCCCGCUGUGACCUACAGGACGAUUGGAGGAGUCCUUGACUUCUACAUUCUGUUCGGAGACACGCCAGAACAAGUGGUGCAGGAGUUCCUUGUGCUCACUGGCAGGCCUGUCAUUCCUCCCUACUGGUCCCUGGGUUUCCAGCUUUCUCGGUGGGAUUACGGCAGCCUGAGUGAGGUCAAGAAAACAGUGGAGAGGAACCGUGCCGUGGCCCUCCCAUAUGACAUUCAGUACACUGACAUCGACUACAUGGAGGAUAAGAAAGAUUUCACUUAUGACAAAGUCAAGUUCACCGAGCUGCCUCAGUUCGCUGACUACCUUCACGAGAAAGGACAGAGAUACAUCCUCAUCCUGGACCCUGCAAUAGCUACCAGUAAGAGGGUAGGGAAUGCUCCAUAUGAGUCCUACGACCAUGGAACUGCGAAGAACGCCUGGGUCACUGAAUCAGAUGGAAAAACUCCUCUGUUAGGAGAGGUGUGGCCAGGAGAGACUGUGUUUCCAGACUACACCAGCCAAAACUGCAUCGACUGGUGGGUUGAUGAGUAUGAGCGAUUCUCCAGGGAGAUCAAACACGAUGCCCUCUGGAUUGAUAUGAAUGAGGUGGCUAAUUUCAAAAAAGGAUCGAAUAAGGGCUGUGCUGACAACAACCUCAACUACCCUCCCUACACUCCAAAGAUUCUGGAUGAGGUGCUGUACAGUAAGACUCUGUGUAUGGAUGCCAAGCAGGCCUGGGGGGACCACUAUGAUGUCCACAGUCUGUAUGGGUACUCUAUGGUGCUGGCGACGGAAAAAGCUCAGCAGCGUGCGUUUGGAGGAAACCGUACCCUGAUGUUGACCCGCUCCUCCUUCCCAGGUGUGGGAAAAUAUUCGGGUCACUGGCUGGGGGACAAUGCUGCCAACUGGAACGACAUAAAAUGGGCCAUCCCUGGCAUGCUAGAGUUUGGGCUCUUUGGGGUUCCCUAUAUAGGAGCUGACAUCUGUGGAUUCUUUGACGACUCCAGUGAAGAGUUAUGCCGUCGCUGGAUGCAGGUGGGAGCUUUCUAUCCCUUCAGCCGGAACCACAACGCUCAGGGCUACAAGCCCCAGGAUCCAGCUGUGUACGGCCCCGACUCAACGCUGGUGAGGAGCUCUAAACAUUAUCUGAGGAUACGAUACACACUUCUGCCUUACCUCUACACACUCUUCUACAAAGCCCACACCACAGGGGAGACCGUCGUACGUCCUGUCAUGCAUGAGUUCUUCUCUGACAGCACCACCUGGACCGUGGACCGCCAGUUCCUGUGGGGAAAACACCUGCUCAUCACACCUGUACUAGACCCGGGUAUGGACAGGGUGCGGGCAUAUGUCCCAGAUGCUGUGUGGUAUGACUAUGAGACGAUGGAACGACUGGCGCACCGCAGAAAUCAUGUUGAUAUGCAUCUGCCGGCUGACAAGCUUGGUUUGCACAUCAGAGGUGGUGCGAUCCUCCCCACGCAGAGACCGAAUGUCACCACCACAUACAGUCGACGUAACCCCAUGGGUUUGAUCGUCGCUCUUGAUGACAACAACAAGGCAGCCGGGGAGCUAUUCUGGGAUGAUGGAGAUUCCAGAGAAACUGUUGAAACAGGCAAUCACAUCCACUACGACUUCAACGUUGACUAUGGAGUGCUGAAGAUGCAGGUGACCCAUGCCGGCUACAAGGACCCAAACAACCUCAAGUUUGAGGACAUUACUAUCCUUGGUGUGCCUCAUCCUCCAGUCUUCGUCUCUGUGACUCACGUUAGCACUGGAACAUCUGGAAACUCGACCACUCCCGUGCCGAACACCGGCAUACAGUAUGAUGAUGCCAAAAAGGUUAUGUUCCUACGUGGGCUCUCUCUGACUGUUGGGGAGACCUAUCUGGUGCAGUGGGAACUGGAGCCGAAGGAGAACAAACGCUUUGACUGCCAUCCAGAGGAGCAUGCAGAUGAGGCUAAGUGCAAGGCCAGAGGCUGCAUCUGGGAGCCAACCAACAUUGAACGUGCUCCAUGGUGCUUCUAUCCAGACGACUAUGGCUACUCCAUCACAACAUCCGAAGAAACCAACUCAGGCAUCACAGUUGAUAUCACUCGGAACAAGAAGUACAGGAGCAGUGGUCGUCCAGAUUCACCAGACAUUGACAAGCUCCGUGUUGAGAUCAGAUACCACAGCAGAGACAUGCUGCAGUUCAAGAUCUGGGACCCAGCCACAGAUCGUUAUGAGGUUCCAGUGCCACUGUCACUUCCCACUCUUCCUGAGACUGACGAGAGCAGGAGGCUUUACAGGGUCGAAAUUACCAAGAACCCAUUCGGCAUCCAGGUCAUAAGGAAAAGCACAGGAACCAAGAUUUGGGACUCCUCUGUGCCAGGUUUCACAUUCUCAGACAUGUUCAUCCAAGUGUCUACUCGACUGCCAUCAGAGUUUGUCUACGGCUUUGGAGAGACGGAGCAUCCUACCUACAAACACAAUCUCAACUAUCACACCUGGGGCAUGUUCUCCAAGGACCAGCCUCCUGGUUACAAGAUGAAUUGCUACGGAGUGCAUCCCUUCUAUAUGGGCCUUGAAACCACGUCUGAUGCUCACGGGGUGCUGCUGCUGAACAGCAAUGCCAUGGAUGUCACUUUCCAGCCUACUCCGGCUUUAACUUACCGAACUCUGGGAGGCAUCCUGGAUUUCUACAUGGUCCUGGGACCUACGCCUGAAAUGGUGGUGCAGGAGUACACUGCACUGAUUGGACGACCUGUUCUACCUGCCUAUUGGUCCCUUGGGUUCCAGCUCUGUCGCUAUGGUUACGCCAACGACACAGAGAUAGCAGAGCUAUACCGAGACAUGAGGGCAGCGGGUAUACCCUAUGAUGUGCAGUAUGCCGACAUUGACUACAUGGACCGUCAGCUGGACUUUGUUCUGGACCCAGAGUUUGAUGGACUGCCUGCUCUGGUUAACCGCAUGAGGGGAGAGGGCAUGAGGUUCAUUUUCAUUCUGGAUCCAGCCAUCUCAGGCAAUGAGACACGUCAUUACCCUGCCUUUGUGAGAGGUAAAGCAGCGGAUGUCUUCAUUAAGUGGCCCCAAAACAUCAGUGAUGAAAUUGUGUGGGGGAAGGUUUGGCCAGAUUACCCCAAUGUCACAGUAAAUGAAGAUCUGGACUGGGAUACCCAAGUAGAGUUGUACAGGGCGUACACCGCAUUCCCUGACUUCUUCCGCGAUGAAACAGCAGCGUGGUGGCAACAAGAAAUCAAGGACUUCUACAAGAACACAACAUUUGACGGCCUUUGGAUUGACAUGAAUGAACCUGCCAGUUUUGUCCACGGCACAGUCGGAGGAAACUGUCUUGGCAAUCCUCUUCUAGAGAACCCUCCGUAUAUGCCACCGCUGGAGUCCAAACAUCGUGGCUUAAACCAUAAGACCCUGUGCAUGAACAGCGAGCAGAUACUCAGCGAUGGAACGAGAGUCAGACACUACGACGUCCACAACCUCUACGGCUGGUCACACACCAAGCCUACCUAUGACGCCCUGCUGAACGUAACAGAUAAAAGAGGCAUAGUGGUGACAAGGUCCACUUACCCCUCUAGUGGAAAAUGGGCUGGACACUGGCUGGGAGACAACGCUGCAAACUGGGACCAGCUAUACAAAUCCAUUAUAGGCAUGAUGGAGUUCAGUCUGUUUGGCAUCCCUUACACCGGUGCAGACAUAUGUGGGUUCUUUAAUGAAGCUCAGUAUGAGAUGUGUCUUCGCUGGAUGCAGCUGGGUGCCUUCUAUCCAUACUCACGCAACCACAACGGCAAGGGCAACAAAAGACAAGAUCCUGUUGCUUGGGAUGCCGCCUUCGCAGAGGCAUCCCGUGACGUCCUGAACAUCCGUUACACCCUCCUGCCCUACCUGUACACACUGAUGUUUGAGGCUCAUACCGAAGGAAGCACAGUAGUUAGACCUCUCUUGCACGAGUUUGUGGAUGAUAAAACCACAUGGGACAUAUACAAGCAAUUCCUCUGGGGACCUGCUCUACUCAUCACCCCUGCCCUCGACCAGGGAGCCAUGAGUGUGGAUGGCUAUGUUCCUAAUGCACGCUGGUAUGACUACCACACGGCCAAAUAUGUUGGAGUGCGUGGGCAAAUGGUCAGCAUGCCCACACCAUUGGACCAUAUAAACCUUCAUAUCAGAGGGGGGUAUAUCUUACCUUGGCAGAAACCAGAGAACACCACGUACUACAGUCGCAAAAAUCCUUUAGGACUGAUCGUUGCCCUGAGCGACACGGGAACUGCUCAAGGAUCGUUCUUCUGGGACGAUGGAGAAGGAAUAGACACAGUCGAGCGAGAGCAAUAUCUGCUGACCUCCUUCGAAGCCACACCGAACAACUUGACCAGUUAUGUCGUCCGCAAUGGCCUUACCCCCGAGGACCGGUUGAUUCUGGGUGAGGUGAAGGUUUGGGGCGCAGGAAGUGUUAGGAUCACUGGGGUGACCCUGAUAGAUGAAGCUGGAACGGUGCAUCCACUGACCCCACAGCACAACGUUGAGACUCAGGAGCUGAUUGUAGAUGCUACUUCAAAGUCUGUUCGUGUGGAUCAGCCUUUCUCCAUGAGUUGGACAACUGGCGCCUGAUCAACAGAGUGCAGUUUUUGUGUUUUUACUGGUUAAUAAUUGAUAUACCUGUGCAUAAUGGUCCAUUAUGGAAAGUAAAUGCAAUGUUUUUUGAACAUGACAUCAUUUCAAUGUACUCCUCUCUUCAUUGAUGAGCCGACCUGUAAAUGCUAUAUUUGGUUUCAUGUCACAACCAAACUAAAGCAUUUUUUUUACAUUGCUGUGCCAUUAAACCUUCAGUAGCAUUACAUCAGAUUGAGUACAGGCAGAAUCAAGACCAAUAUAUGACAUGUUUUUACAAUAAAUAUCUUUGGAUGGUAA